AUGAAGACCAUUUACUCAUUCACCCGUUUCAGCCUUCUCUAUUUUCUCUGCGCUGCAGCCGAGACAUCUGCCACUUUUAUUCUCAAAACUACGCUUGACGUCGGCGAAGCUUUUGGGCAAUUAGACUACACUCCUUCAGGGAUGAGACCUGUGAAAUGGACACCUUAUAUGGAGUACGCCACACCAGUCAUGCUCGAUAACAGCACACAACUCGAAAUCUUUGACCAGAACACAACAUAUUACUUGAACUGGGAUAACAGCACUGCCUCAACUGGUAUUUAUUUUUCGAAUGCCAGCUUGGGUAGCGGCAUCACUAUGCUUCAAAUGGAUGCUGACGGCUGUUUGCAAUGGCUUCCAGCAACAGGGAACCCAAAUGGCUGGAUGUGCGAGAUAUCAGAAUACAGUUGA